ACCCACUACAUUCCGACCACCAUAUUUUCUCUUCCUGAAUUGGCAAGCACUCAAAAGCCACAAUUCCAUGCUUUCUUUAGAAACUACCCUCACGAAACUCAUGCACUCAAAAUUAAACUAACUUAUCUAAGGAGUCUCAAAACAGAGUUCCCAACUGCGCUCGACGUAAUUAUAAAUUUGGUAUCAACCUUCGUAUCCAUUUUGCUCAGCCAUUAUGUUUACCAUAAUACCAAAAUUUGAAGAGAACACUGUUGGCAAAACUUCUCAAUCUUCUCCACCGCAUACACUGACCGCACAAAAAUGGCCUGCAAAUCUUACGCAAAUAGUACUUUCAGAGAUGCGAACGCAACGAGGGAUGGCCCUUCCCUUAUUGGCAAUGAAUUUGACAUGGUUUGCCAAGACAGCUAUCACAACCGCUUUCCUUGGCCGGCUUGGAGAGCUCCGGUUAGCUGGUGGAACUCUUGGGUUCACUUUUGCUAAUGUCACUGGCUUCUCUGUCUUGAAUGGGCUCUGUGGUGCCAUGGAACCUAUCUGUGGUCAAGCUUAUGGGGCUAAAAAUUUUAGGCUACUCCAUAAGACACUUCUCAUGACAACCUUCGUGUUGCUAUUAAUAACCCUGCCUGUAUCUUUCUUAUGGCUUAAUGUGGACAAAAUCCUCAUCCAUUUCGGCCAACAGGAAGACAUUUCACUUGUUGCGAGAACAUAUCUUUUCUAUCUUCUACCUGAUUUAGCAGUCAUAUCUUUACUUUGUCCUCUCAAAGCCUACUUGAGCUCUCAAGGUAUAACGCUUCCUAUAAUGUUCAGCUCAGGUUUAGCUCUAGCUUUACACUUACCUAUCAACAUCUUUCUUGUAAAAGCCAAGGGUCUUGAGGGGGUGUCCAUGUCGAUAUGGAUAACCGAUCUUAUAGUUGUGGUUUUUCUAGCUUUAUACGUGUUGGUGACAGAAAAUAGAAAAGGAGGAAAGUGGAAGGAUGGAGGAUGGUUAGACCAGGGUGUAUACGACUGGCUCAGGUUGCUAAAGCUUUCUGCCCCAUGUUGCCUUAGUACCUGUCUUGAAUGGUGGUGCUGGGAAAUACUGGUCUUGCUCACAGGGCGGCUGGCGAACGCCAAGCAAGCAGUGGGAGUGAUAGCCAUUGUGCUAAAUUUUGACUACCUGCUGUUCUCUGUGAUGCUUACUUUAGCAACCUGUGCUUCAAUCCGCGUGUCCAAUGAACUUGGAGCCAACCAAGCAGGCCCUGCAUACCGGUCAGCAUAUGUGUCUCUGGCCGUGAGCUUGGUAUCGGGUUUCUUCGGUGGCUUGGCGAUGGUAGGAGGUAGAGGUAUUUGGGCACCUUUGUUUACCCAUGACAAGGGCAUUAUAAGAGGUGCAAAGAAGAUGAUGUUGCUCAUGGCUUUGAUAGAAGUAAUAAACUUUCCUCUAGCAGUAUGUGGCGGUGUUGUACGGGGAACAGCUAGGCCAUGGUUGGCCAUGUAUUCCAAUCUUGGUGGGUUCUAUCUUCUGGCCUUGCCAGUGGCUGUGCUUUUAGCAUUUAAGGCAAGACUCGGGCUUGGUGGGUUGCUGUUAGGUUUCCUGGUUGGAUUGUCAGCAUGCUUAGCGUUGUUAGUGGUGUUUAUUAUGAGGAUUGACUGGGAUGUAGAAGCUGACAAGGCACAAAAGCUUGCCAGUGAUGUGCAAGAGAACAUUCAGAGAGAAAAUCAGAGACCUAAUAGAACACCAGAUGAUGCUGAAGUAUGAGAAUAACUUAAAACAUUUGUUUUGUUUU